GUACUGAAUUCCGCUGCAGUGAUGCAUUAUUCAACAAUUCGUGUGAAAUUAUGAACAAAACGCUGUGUGUAGUGUUAUGUCAGAAUGUGUCACACCUAUUUGAAACGAUUCAGUAUCAGUGUAAUGAAAAACUAUACAGUUGCGCAUUGAACUGAUCGUUGGAUAAUGCGGUAUUUUUCCGAGUUUCUCCAAACAAAACCGUUAUCUGUACAAGCCCAAAAUGAGGACACUGAGAUGGACAUCCUUAGUCUACUUGGUUCUGUUAGGUUUACUGCACUUCAUAGUGCGGUCACCAUGGUCUGCACAUCUUGCUAGCGCCCAAAAGUUUGGUAUCCUGGAUGCCAUUGAAGAAGCGGAAGGUAUUCUGGGAACUGGGAUUAGCAGCGAAUCGAAUUCUCAGACACUGUCGCAUCUCUAUGAUAUCCGGGAAUUUCUCGGCCAACCUGUAACGAAAGUAUGUGAGACACUGGAUCUUCUAAGUGAUCUUCUCUAUAUCACUACGGAAUCUUGUAUGCCUCCUCGAAUUGUGAGAAGCAUCCGAAAUCCUGUUAUACUGAUACCCACCAGAUCCAGUAUGGGGGAUGACCGCGAAGGCUGUGUCGCCCAGUCAACCACACCAGCAUCCGUUGAUGGCUUUUCCAAUCUGUUCCCCUUUUAUAUGUUUGGAUAUGGAUUAUCCGAGAUCGUACCGGGUAUCAUCAGUCAGGGUUUUCGUUGGGACAACGCUGUGGUUAUUCAUAUGUGCGAUGGAGAAUCCUUUUGCGGUCGUGAAGAAAUGGAGGCGACCAUCGAGCGGCUCCAUGCCCAGUUUGUUACUACGCUUCAGUGUUGGCUGCAACCGCGCGAUGCACAGCAGUUCAACCUUCUCUUUGGAGAGUGCUUGCAGUUGCUCACUUUGCUUCCCAAUGCUGACCGGAGGAUUCUAAUCGUCCCACACACCAAAAACAACGUUAUCGCAGCUUCUUUAAAAGUUAUGACAGACAUGUUGGUUUUAAACAUGUUGGCAGAAGUCACCUUUGUCCUGCCAUCCUGGUACCAAAUAACCGAGCAGGACUUUCUGAUCAUCAAAGACCGUGACAUCGUGCGUGUCGUACGCUGGCGCGCUGAGUACUGGUUGUCAUCAGUCACCAGUCGCAUCGUGCAGCACUACGUGGAUUUUUGGAUGAAUUCCGCUCCCUUAAAACCAGAAGCUACAAACAUCUACAGCAAGCAGAUGUCGCUCGCUGGCCUUCUGUCAACAAUCUCCACGACGGAGUAUUACUCUCGCGUAAUCGAGUCGCGAGGUCAAAACAGACAUAGCGUCUGCGGGAACAACACAUCUCCAUCACCUGAAAUUCAAGAGGUCAUGCGAGAACUGGCAAAAUUGCUGUCCUGCUCAGAAAACGCCGGAUGGGAAGUGUGCACAAGUUAUUCCGUGACGCGCUACGACAUUGACCCGAUGGACAACAUGCCGCAUGUUUAUAAUACGGGGAUCUGGUACGUGGGUAACCAAUCAUACCACGGAAUGAGUUAUCGCAGCGUGAACGAUCUGGGUGGUCGGAUGCUGACCGUGGUGUCAAUGGAGUUACCGCCGUUCAUGGCCAAGAAUGAAACCGCUUUCCAAUUACUCAGCAGCGGAGCGGCGUCCGUUUCUGAUAAGCAGUAUCUGUACCAUGGAAUAAUACCGAAUAUGCUACAGACUUUAUCACGAGUUCUUAACUUCAGAUAUAAAAUCAUUUUCCCACCCAGUGGAGACAAUUUCUACGGUAGCCGCGAUACCAACGGAUCAUGGAACGGAAUGGUCGGCAUGCUAGCGCGAGGUGAAGUGGAGAUGGUUGCGGCUGACCUCACCAUCACCGCAGAACGCGAGGAAGUUGUCCAUUUCACCGUACCGUUCUUCGAAGAUCCCAUUACUGUUCUGCUUCCCCGAAGCGAGUUCGAUAAGAGUUUGUUCACAUUCCUUCUUCCUUUCAAUAAAAUUGUAUGGAUCUGUGUCAUCGGAGUCGUCGCGCUCUCCGGUCCUCUGUUGUACUUUUUCAGCCGUCUUUCUCCAUAUUACCCGGCAACUGGCAAACCUAACCAUUUCGCUUCCCUCUCCGAAGCGUACAUGUACUGCUACGGUGCCAUCGUCUCGCAAGGUGGUCAGAUCACACCGGACUCCGAUUCCGCUCGGAUAUUUAUGGCCUUCUGGUGGUUGUUUGGUAUUUGCACGGUAGCCACGUACUCCGGUAAUCUGAUCGCCUUUCUGACGUUUCCCGGGCGACUGCAGUUCAUCGACAAUUUCGAUGACUUCGUGUAUCAGAGUAACAUCCAACCGGUGGUCACUCGUAAUUCCUACAUCGAGAUUGCAUUUCGCACAGCGGAGAAACAGAUCUAUCGGGAUAUCUGGAAAAAGAUUACCAAAAAUCCGGAAGCCGGUUUGGUGGAUGAAUAUGAUACCGCUGUACAGAUGGUUUCCAGAUUGAAAUAUGGAUAUAUUGGACAACAAGCCAAUAUGCGGGUCACGAUUGCGGAGGAUUCCGAGUUACCGGGUCAGUGUCGGUUCGCGAUGAUGCGGAAAGCCAUCGAAAAGUCGAAAUACGCUCUUGGAUUUCGCAGAGGCACAAAUUACGCGCCUCUCUUCGACAAAUGGAUACAACGUUUGGUCUUCUCUGGAUUAAUUGCGCACUGGGCGGACCGCGAAUGGCAAGGUAACUAUAAACCAAAGCGCUGUCAGCAGCAGCUGGAAAGCCGCCCGGACGAAAUCCGCAAAGUGCAGAUCGAGGAUGUUAUCGGCGUGUACAUCUGCUGGGCUGUCGGUUUGACCCUGGCUUGUAUUCUCUUUGCGGCUGAAAGGUUGACCCUCACCUCACACCGCUUGGGUCGGGCAUGCCGGAAUUUCUUCAAUAAACGAAGCAAAGCCGGGACGGAAACCUCGCCGCAAAGUUUUGAUUUAAAGGUCAUUACGUUAAAUAACGGGAUGGUUCUGGAAUCGCGGUGAUGUACUUAAUAUCGUGCUUUGAUACCUCUCAUUCACUUUUUAACAUACUUUACCAAAUAUAAUUUAAUGAUCUCAAUCAACCAAAGCGCAUUUCGUACAGACAUUCUGAAGACGGCACUUGCUUUUGAUGCUGCAAGUUACACCGCUGCUAUUGUGAAGACAAAAGUUUUGGCUUUUUAAUUGAACUCCUGUUCUUUUUUUUUACACCAUUAUUGAUAGAUCACCAAGAGGAGCAGUGUUAAAAAUCCAUGGUAAAUACAGUCCAACCUUCGUGUAAAGCGCACCCCAGCUAGUGCCACAACCGAUACCGAUGGACACUAUGCCCGCUAGGUACUGUGUGGAAGUGUUUGCGUCAUAACAAAACAAUGGUCCUCCGCUGUCACCCUGGCAGGAAUCUUCACCAACCUUUCCACCAGCGCAUAGAAAGAGAUCCAAAUUAGUAUAUGUGUGAUUAUUCAAAAAAAUGUAGCCGCAGUGAUCGU